AUGGAGCGAGCACCCUGGACACUUGUAGGACUCACCCUUCUCCAGCUCCUGCUCAUCUCCUGCUUGCCAAGAGAGUACACAGUGAUCAAUGAAAACUGCCCAGGAGCUGAGUGGAAUAUCAUGUGUCGGGAAUGCUGUGAAUAUGACCAAAUCGAGUGCAUCUGCCCAGGACAGAAAGAAAGAGUGGGCUACACCAUUCCCUGCUGCAGGAAUGAGGAGAAUGAGUGUGACUCCUGUUUAAUCCACCCAGGCUGCACCAUCUUUGAGAACUGCAAGUCCUGCCGCAAUGGCUCCUGGGGAGGGACACUUGAUGACUUCUACAUCAAGGGAAUCUACUGUGCAGAGUGCAGAGCUGGCUGGUAUGGAGGGGACUGCAUGAGGUGUGGGCAGGUUCUUCGGGCUUCUAGAGGUCAGAUUUUGCUGGAGGGUUACCCACUGAAUGCACGAUGUGAAUGGACUAUCCAUGUUAAAGCUGGAUUUAACAUUGAGUUAAGAUUUUCCAUGCUGAGCCUCGAGUUUGACUACAUGUGCCAGUACGAUUAUGUGGAGAUCCGUGAUGGGGACAAUUUGGACAGUCAAAUAAUAAAGAAAUUCUGUGGAAAUGAGAGGCCACCUCCUAUCCGAAGCACUGGGUCUUCACUCCAUGUCCUCUUCCAGUCGGAUGGAUCCAAGAACUUCGAUGGAUUUCAUGCUGUCUUUGAAGAAAUUACAGCUUGUUCUUCAUCUCCAUGUCUUCAUGAUGGGACGUGCAUUCUAGACAAAAGCAGCACCUACAAGUGUGCCUGUCUGGCUGGCUAUACAGGGAAUCGCUGUGAAAACUUGGAUUUUUUUGAAAUAUCUGAACUGUCAGUGGUGAUGUGUAGGACUCCAGGUGCUCCUGCUCAUGGUAUUGUGGAAGGAGAUGACUUUAAAUACGGGGCCCAGGUUUACUUCAAGUGCAACGCAGGUUACAGCUUAAAAGGCAGCCGUGUUGCCUACUGUCAGCUUGAUGGGAUUUGGUCAACACAUCAUCCUGAAUGUGUUCUAGAAGAAAAAAACUGCUCAGAUCCUGGUGGCCCACUCAAUGGCUACAGAAGAGUAGUAGAAGACACUGGGCUCUUGAAUGGACGCUAUGCAAAAAUCGGCACAGUCAUUGCUUUCUUUUGUAACAACUCGUAUGUUCUUAGUGGCAAUGAACAAAGGACCUGCCAAGACGAUGGAGAAUGGUCAGGGAAGCAACCAAUCUGCAUAAAAGCCUGCAGAGAGCCAAAGAUCUCUGACCUGGUGAGACAGAAAGUGCUUCCAAUGCAGGUUCAGUCAAGAGAAACACCUUUGCAUCAACUUUACUCAUCUGCAUUCAGCAAGCAAAAGCUUCAAAUCUAUCCAACCAAGAAGCCAGCACUGCCAUUUGGAGAGCUGCCCCCAGGGUACCAGCACUUGCACACUCAGCUGCAGUAUGAGUGUGUUUCCCCUUUCUACCGCCGCCUGGGCAGCAGCAGGAGGACUUGCCUGAAGACAGGAAAAUGGAGUGGGAGAGCCCCUGUGUGUGUUCCAAUCUGUGGAAAAGCAGAAAACAUCACCCUUAAGAAGGCAGUGGCCUCUAUGAGGUGGCCAUGGCAAGCAGCCAUCUAUCGCACAGCCAGCGGGGUGAAGGAGAACAGCCUUCGGAAAGGGGCCUGGAUCCUGAUCUGCAGCGGGGCCCUGGUGAACGAGCGCACUGUGGUGGUGGCAGCUCACUGUGUCACUGACCUGGGCAAGACCAUCGUGCUCAAGACAGCAGAGCUCAAGGUGGUUCUGGGCAAAUUCUACAGAGAUGAUGACAGGGAUGAAAAGACCAUCCAGAACCUGAGGAUUUCUGCCAUCAUAGUGCAUCCCAAUUAUGAUCCUAUAUUACUUGAUUCUGAUAUAGCUGUCAUUAAGCUCUUGGACAAAGCCAGGAUCAGUAGUCGUGUUCAACCCAUUUGCUUGUCAUCUUCUCAUGACUUGACCUCAUCCACAGAGGAUUUAAAGAUAAUGGUUACUGGCUGGAAGGUACUGGCUGACAUUAAAGAUCCUGGAUACAAGAAUGACACAAUCCGCAUGGGAGUUGUUCAGAUGGUGGAUUCGCUGUUGUGUGAGCAACAGUAUGAGGAUAAUGGGAUACAAGUCAGCAUCACUGACAGUAUGUUCUGUGCCAAACAAGACCACACAGCCUUUUCUAAUAUCUGCCCUGCUGAGACUGGUGGGAUUGCUGCCAUAACUCUGCCAGGAAAAGCAUCUCCUGAGCUAAGGUGGUACCUGAUGGGAUUAGUGAGCUGGGGUUAUGAUAAAACUUGCAGCCGAGAACUCUACAGUGGCUACACCAAAGCUCUUCCCUUCAAAGACUGGAUUGAGAAGAACAUGAAAUAA